UACCUCAACUAACCUGUACCCCAGCACAUUGACUCGGUACAUUGAAAAUUCUAGCCCUUCGGCUGCUGCCAUAGAAGUGCCCAUCCAAGAAGGCUCAAGGUAAUUGGCCACAGAUAAAAUGACUUCAAAUCACGUUAUAUGUACAGUAGCUUUGAUUGGACUGAUGAUGUCAACAUCAUACUUUCACAAUUUUAGCUAGCAAGCUAGACAAGCAGUCAUCAUGAAUCAAGACGACAAUCUAUUAGCAAAUCCAAUUUAAUCCUUGUCAUAGGAAGAUAAAUACUGAAGAGAAAUUAUAGAUAAAACGUAUCGGUGCUCAUCGGCCAUUGGACAUUAACAUUAAGUUGGAAAUCGCAAAUUCAACGAGUGGUUUGGAAGGAAUCAGUGACAGUGGCUGUGUGGACAAGGCUCUCCUGGCCUCUUAUAGUCUGCACUUGGGUAAGAUGUAAGUAUCCCAUGUGCCUCACCCUAAUAAUUUACCCCUCUUAAUUUUGCCUACUGUUCUGUCUGUAGCCUAUAAACUGUUUUGGAGAAAUGUAAAAAUCAAAUAUUUUAGGAGCUUUCAUUGUCUGCUUCUAUGACCCCUUUAUUCAUCCUACUGUUCUGACUUGGUGUAAAGAGAGAACACUAUAAGAACGGCCCAUCUUCUGAAUUCUGUUGAUGUACAUUUCAAAAGUGCUAAACAAAUAGUUAUAUUGACUGACAUUACGUCUGUCCUAGCUCGCUCAUUGUCUUAAUCGAAAUUGCUGAUUGCCUCUUAUCCGCUUGUCGUCCCCUUCUGCCAUAGUUUGUACAUCUCAAUUGUCAUUAGAAACCACCUUUCUUUAAGCAAGUCAGCCAUAUCAGCUAUGUUUUUAAAAGGCAGUAAAUGAGGCUGAAUGAACUGUUUCGCUGCCAGACAAGGCUCUGCUGAUAGCCAGGUGUAGCAGUGGUAAGAUGUUGGGACUGCUGUUGUGUUUGUGGUCACCAUUAUAGUGCAGUUCAUGUAUUGUUUAGUGUUGUGUAUUGGCUUUUCUGGCAUGCAUUCCACUUAUUUUUUUUGCCCCACCAAGAUUUACAUGCUAAAAUCACCGUUGGAAACCUGGCACCAUCCCUAUGGUGAAUCCUGGUGGUGGCAGUAUCAUGCUGUGGGGAUGUUUUUCAGCAGCAGGGACUGGGAGACUAGUCAGGAUCAAGGAAAAGAUGAAUAGAGCAAAGUACAGAGAGAUAUUUGAUGAAAACCUGCUCCAGAGCGCUCAGGACCUCAGACUGGGGCGAAGGUUCACCUUCCAAUAGAACAACGACCCUAAGCACACAGCCAAGACAAUGAGGGAUUGGCUUCGGGACAAUUGCUCUGCCAAAACCCGGACUGAAAAUAGCUGCAGCGACGUUCCCCAUCCAACCUGACAGAGCUUGAGAGGAUCUGCAGAGAAGAUUGGGAGAAACUCCCCAAAUACAGGUGUUCCAAGCUUGUAGCGUCAUACCCAAGAAGAAUCGAGGCUGUAAUCGCUGCCAAAGGUGCUUCAACAAAAUACUGAGUAAAUGGUCUGAAUACUUGGAAAAACUGAAAUAUCACAUUUACAUCUUUUCUUUAAAAUUAGCAAACAUUUUUCAAAAACUUUUUUGCUUUGUCAUUAUGGGAUAUUUUGUAUAGAUUGAUGAGGGGGAAAAACAAUUGAAUCAAUUUUAGAAUGAGGCUAUAAUUGAACUAAAUCUGGAAAAAGUCAAGGGGUCUGAAUACUUUAUGAAUGCACUGUAAGGUUAACAAUUACAUUUUAAUACUCAAGCACUGAUUUAAAAAGAAAACACAUAGGAUAAUGAAGAUGAUACUAAAUGUAGGUUCCAUGGCAUGGAGAAGGUUAUAAAGACAUGUAUUACUGAAUUCCAGUGAUUUAAAUGUAUCAAAAUGAGGUGGUCGUAGGAGAGUGUGUGUGUAUUCUUGUCAGGCUUCAUCUUGGGUUUCUUGUGGGAGAGACUCUUGGCGUUACACAACGGACAGAUAGGAGCGUUAUGAUGGAACUGUUGGUGGCAUGGCAGACAGGAAUAGGAUACAUUUACAUUUUUGUAACUUAGCAGACGCUCUGCAAUAAGUGCAUUCAUUUGAAGAUAGCUAGUUGAGGCAACUACUUCAGUCUUAAGUAUACUUUUCCUGAAUAAAGUAGUUAUCAGCAAAGUCAGUGUCGUAGGAAAAUACACGUGCGGGUUAUAUAUUUUUUACAAAUGUAAUGGAGUAAUGUGACAUAUAAGCGAACAAAUGAAAGUGUAGUUUAAAGUAUCGUUAUUUUUUCUUUUUAGAUCCUUUUCAUGAUCUAAUCCCACUCCAGUACGAUAGGUGGCGGUAGGUAAUCGCUGUUGACAGCGCAGAACUCGCUAAAAAUAAAUGGUUCUGUUGUGGUUAUUCGUGUGUAAACAAUUGAGUUGCUAGCAGUCUUUAUAAUCUCUUAGCUGGCUAAUUAUUCACACAGUUUGUAGAUACACAAUUGGAACAACAUUUUUAUUUCUUGCACGUUUAAGGUUAGAUUUGUAUUUGCACGUCGUAGUUUUUGUUGCACUUUACUACAACGAUAUUCGUUUCGGCUUGCUAGCUUUUUGUUCUGCAGCAGUACGGCUUUGAAGCCCGUUUAGCUACUAUAGAUAGUUAACGUCAACCCGAUUCUCGUCAUCUCUUCUGAUUACGUGAUUGUUGUCCGUCAAUAGAUCAGAAAAUCCUGAAAAUAUUAUAUCACAGUGGCCACUUGUCUUUGAUAUUAGUUCGGUUUGGUCAACCUUUGAAAACUUACGUUAGCCAUUCUUGUUUGCUUCACAGUCAGCGGUCGCCGGUUUUGAGCCCAUUAUGGACCUUCACAAGAUAAUCCACGAUACCCUGCAGGAGUUCAUUCAGACAUGCAUUCCCGAAGCAGACCUGAGUUCCCUGGAUGAUGUGUUGCUUCCCUACAUCACUGGAGUCCUGGAGGAUCUGGGAUCUCAGGAGAGCGUGGAGGAGAACUUUGACGUGGAGGUCUUUGUAGAAAUGCUGGAGGCCUACAUUCCUGGCUUUGCUGAAAUUGACAGUGUUAACGUUUGUGAUAUGAUGUUCAGCCUGGCUUCAAAACUAGCCACAGCCCGGAGUUCAGAAAAUAGUGUGCCAAAGGCUAGAAUGGAGGUCCCACUGACAGUCAGCGCUACCUCCACUGGGCCUCCUGUGAGGGAGAUGCACUGCCUUACUACACAGACUGAGGGGGCCACCGCCAAGGUGCCAUUCCCUGAGUGGGAGGCCCAGGAGCCGCUCCUUCUGGAGAUGUUCCCCAAGUGCAGACUAUCAGAGGCCAGGAGUGCGUUGUCCAUUGCUAAAGGUGACAUGGAGGAGGCUGUCCGCCUCAUCAUCGAAGGAGACAUCCAGCUCAGCCACACACCUCUAAACGUAAACCAUGGGAAGAUGGGUUCCCCUCAGGCAGAGCAGAAGAUGAAAGAGAGCAUCCUGGAGAAGUACAUGCUAGUGGAUAGAGAGGAGGAUAAGAAAACACACAGGCCUGUUGCACCUAAAGAUGCCCCUAAGAAACUGGUGCGUUACCACAGCAACCAGGUGGUGACCACAAAAGGGGAGCGGUACCAACUGGUGAAGAAAGAGGAGACGGAGGAGGUGAAGAAAACUUACGUCAGCAUCAAACCCGCACGCAAAUACAGAUUCCAUUGAUGACUGACUGGCACUCUUCUGGAACACCAGCCAUUGACUUUGUUGGUUACAUUCUUUCUGAAUGCCUUGUUUUUCUUGUUUGCCUGGUUAUGGAAAAUGUUUGUUUUUAGUAUGUGUAAGUGUCUGAUUUGAAAAGUGUGUGGCCAUCGUCUUGCUUCGAAUAUAAUUUCUCCUUUGCAGUGA